CACAGUGCUUAUAUAUCUUUGUCCCUGCCCAUGUUUAACUUUAAAAGAAGCUUCCGUCGUUUACUCCCAUAAACAAACCCACAAACUCCUUUUUCCAUGAGUCAAAAAAUAUAAAGAAAGAAAUUAAUCUCCUAGUACUAUUGCUCUAAUUAACAAUGGCGGAUGAUCAAGAAGGGUAUAAGGAAGAGACACUAAACGGAGAGAACUAUUCAGAAUUACUAUUUGGCGAUGAUGAUAAUACACUAGGAGGAUGUUUUAACUUCACUUCAUCUUCACCAAGAAUGCUCUGUUUUGGUGAUUACACCAAAACCUGUGCUGAUAAUCCUUUUGUUGAAAGUUGUUCUAUUAAUUCACCAGCAAAAAUCCAGAAAUCUGGAGUCACAUGCAGUAGUACUGGAGAUUCACCCUCAGCUUGUUCAAGUAGCAACAGCAAGAACAACAAAUCCGAUAAAAAGCGAAAUGGAGCAGAGAAAGAGUCGGUUGAAAAAACAAAAACAGUUCCUGCUGGAAAUCAGAGAAAUUGCAAGAGGACAAAGGCAGAAAAUUCAAAUGUGACAGGCCAUGCAAAGGUUAAGAAAGAGAAGCUUGGUGAGAGAAUCACAGCUUUACAACAGCUUGUAUCUCCCUUUGGCAAGACAGACACAGCAUCAGUGCUACAUGAAGCGAUGGGAUAUAUCAGGUUUUUGCACGAUCAGGUUCAAGUCUUGUGUUCUCCUUAUUUGCAGCGCCUGUCUCCUUCAUUACGUGAGGGUGGAGAAAACGGAGAAAUGGAAGGAUCAAGAAAGGAAGCGAUGCUAAGGAGCAAAGGACUAUGUCUUGUCCCAAUAGAGCUAACUCUACAUGUAGCUGAUACUACACUUAAUGGUGCUGAUUUUUGGUCACCUGCCGCCAUGACCAACAAUAUCACUCGUCUCAAUUCUAACCAAUGAACAAUCACAUCCCUCUUUUUGCUCUC